AUGUUUGGUUAUUUCCAGACUUCAACCAGAACCAAACUCACCUUCUUCUCCACCACAACCGUUUCUCGCCCAGUUGCUCGCUCGCUCCCCUCCUUGUUUUCAUCUCGCUACCCUGUGGUCUGCGCCCCAUGUAAUCUCCCUCAUGUUGUUCCAUUUGUUUUCCUUGUUACCCACCCGUGCGCCUGUGCGCGGUCGCCACCUGUCAUUGUUCUGGGCUUUUGUUCCCGCCCAUUGCCCCUUGUUUGCUUUCGCAUUGCGCCACGUAGCGGCAGCCGCAUCAGAUGCCCUAUCACCAAAACCCCAGCUUGGCUCCUCAGCCAAAGACAACGUCUCUCCAUCCCCCCUCCGCUGUCUGCCUUCCUCUCAUUGAACGAGCCAGAGGCUCCGCUUUGA